AUGGUCGACGCAGCCUACUAUCACCCUGCCUUCAAGCAGACCUACUUCUUCGGCGGGCGCCGCUACGCCCGCAUCAAGUUCACCCCCGGCAAGAAUGACGACGAGAUCACCUGGGGACCCUCCAAGAUCGACGAGCGCUGGCCGUCCCUGACGUCUCUUGGCUUCGGCACUGUGGACGCGGUCUUGCCGGUCGAGGGGAGCCCCGACGAGACCUACGUCUUCCACGGCAGCCGCUUCGCACGCAUCAAGGUGGUGCCUGAGAGCAACAAUGACACCGUGGUCGAUGGGCCGUGGGUGAUCACAGACAAGCUCAAGAGUCUCGCCGCUGCCGGCUACGACACGAUUGACGCCGCGCUGCCGGUGCCGGGCAAGCCCGGAGAGGUCUACAUCUUCCGUGGCACCAACUAUGUCCGCAUCAACCUCGACCAGGAUAAGACGGUGUAUGGUCCGGCCAAGCUGUCCGUCGAAUGGCCCGCCCUCACCAAGGCUGGGUUCGAUUCCGUCGACGCGGCCUUCCCCGUGCCGGAGGACAAGAACGGAUUGGCUUACUUCUUCCGGGGAGAUCAGUAUGUGAAGCUGAAGGUUAUCGCGUCUGCUCCCGAUGUGAUCAAUUUCGGACCCAAGCCGAUCAAGGAUUAUUGGAAGUCGCUGGAUUGGAUCUAA